AUGCCAAAUCUUAUCAGAUCAAACCCCCCCAUCUAUCCCACUUUAACCCCGCGGUCCGCCGUCGCACCCGCCCGCGUCAUUCCCUCCCUUGCCCCCCUCCCACGUCACAAAGCCGACAAUAUCCCUCAGACCACCUCAACUCACCUACUUUGCGAUAACUCACCUGCUGUGCCGCAUCUACAGUGCCUCUCAGCAUUCGGUCCGAACCACAAACUUAAUUUUGGCUUCAACGAGAACAACAAGACCAUGGCAAGCGCAGGCGAGCUUUACACCAACGGUCGCAUCUUCCUUCACAAUGCUUCGGCUACUUUAGAGACCCAGCCCUCCUUCGCGGAGGCUAUGCUGGUCGCCGAUGGCGUGAUUAAAGAUAUUGGCACCACGGCAGACCUGACAGCCAAGCAUACCGCCUCCAACCUCAAAACACAAGAUCUCGCCGGAAGAACGGUGCUCCCCGGCUUUAUUGAUGGUCAUAUGCACCUUCUUCUCCUCGGCCAAGGCCUGCGGAAGCUCAGUCUCGAGGAUUGCAACUCUCUCGAUGACAUUCGCGCCGCUAUCAAGGCUUUCGCCGCGGCCAACCCCGACGUCCCCCGCAUCAUGUGCAAGCUGUGGACGCAGCAUGUUACCCCGGGCGGCGUGGACAGGCAUAUGCUAGAUGACCUUGAUCCAAGACCUAUCUUUAUCGACACCAAGGACUUGCAUUCCACGUGGUGCAAUACAGCUGCAAUCAAGGAGCUUGGGAUCGAAGACAUGAAGGAUCCUGCAGGUGGCAAGAUCCAUCGUGACGCAGAUGGGAAGGCGACCGGGUUAUUGAGCGAGGCAGCCGUGCUCACUCUCGUCUGGCCUCACCUUGCACAAGUUGCCCCCAAGAGGGACCGGAUGGAGGCAAUCAAGGCAGCGGUGGAGUCAUACAAUGCGUCCGGGUACACGGGGCUCAUCGAGAUGGCAAUGGACGAGCCGGCAUGGGAUGCCGUGUGUUCUCUUCGAGCAGAAGAACCGGAUCUGCCAAUGAGAAUUCACGCCUACUGGCUCAUCAAGCCCUCCGAAACCGAAGAAGAGAGGUUCAAGCAGGUGGAUAGGGCGAUUGAGCUGCACACGGAGCUCAAUAAGACAACAUCCCCUGACCUGCGUAUUGUGGGUAUCAAAGUCAUCACAGAUGGUAUCAUUGACGCCUGCACGGCUUAUCUGUCCGAGCCGUAUGCUACAGUCGGCUCGCCUCCUCCCUUUUGGAGUGCAGAGCAAUUAGGUCCCGUCGUGAAGAGGGCCGACUCAGCAGGGCUGCAGAUUGCGCUGCACGCCAUCGGCGACGCAGCAAUCAAGAUGGCAGUGAACGCGCUUGCGACGCACGCGACGCCGGGCCGCCGCCACCGUAUCGAACACAUUGAGAUGGCAUCUCCUGAAGACGCGCGACACCUCGGCGAACUAGGACUGACAGCCUCGGUGCAGCCCGUCCAUGCGGACCCCGCGAUCCUCAAGGCAUGGCCUCGACUCAUCGGCUCGCACCGCUGUGAGCGCGCCUUUGCAUAUCGCGAAUUCGCAGACCACGGCGCGCUGCUCGCACUCGGGAGCGAUGGUCCAACGGCGCCUUGGGCGCCCCUGCAAAACGCAUAUGUAGCGACGACGAGACGAUCUGCAAGAGACCCGGGCUACGACGUGGUUGUGAAUGAGCAUUUCAAAUUGGGUGUCUGUGAGGCCAUCACCGCUGGGGCGUUCGGAACGGCUAAGAGCGUCUUUGCGGAAGAUCGGAUUGGGAGCUUGCAGGUUGGUAAGGUGGCUGAUUUUGUGGUUGCGGAUAUGGACUGGACGCCUCAGGGUCUGCUGAAGGGCGAGAUCAAGGCCACCUGGUUCGCGGGACGGAGGGUUUGGGCUUCUCCCGACUUUGCAUAG